UUCACAAUAUAAACACAAGGGGAGUAACUGACAUUGAUCUUUUUGUAUAUGUAUGUGUAACGACACUGAGAAAUCAUUUUGUUGCUACAAGGAACAACAUUACUUAAACAGAGUAGACGAACAGACAUAAUUCUAUAACGAAAUGAAGAAACGAGACCAGCUUAUAAUACCAUCGCAAAGAAAAAUAUUUGAAUGCUACAAGAGAACUGGACGACAGGAAAAUAUACUUCUCAUUGGUACGAUAGGAGCUGGUAAAUCUGCGACAAUUAAUACAAUUACAGCAACCUUGUCGGGCGAAAGAUCGUACAAAGCUCCCACUGGAAGCAAGGGAACACACAUGCAUAAAGAUGGACGAAGAAGAACAACGACACAUUUGAUUUGGUACAACAAAUGUGGCAUCGACGGUGCAAAGCAGAAAGAUAUGACUGUCCCAAAAGCCUUUCCUCAUCUGGUUGAUAUGACUGGUUUAGGAGACACGUGUACCAAAGAUCAACAAGAAUUGUUAGAAAUGGUAGUAACUGGAAGAAUACCUGACCAGACUUCUAUUCCUGCCUUACAAGACAUUCAGAACGCAAAUGGAUCAUGGUGGCAAAUGAAAAGAGAUUUUCCAUUUUCGAUGAAUAGUCGAAAAAUUCAUAAAAUAUUGUUUGUUGCCAGUGCUGAUGAACCUAUACCGAAACAUUUAAUUCAGUCUGUGAAAAAUGUGGCACAACCUGAUGGAAGUAGAAGAAACAUGAACCCAAGAUAUAUCCCUAUAUUUGGAAUAUUGACGAAGACAGACUUAGUUGACUGGAAGGAUGCUAAGAUCCUAGAACGUGAAGACGAAUUUUUAGAAUUCCUUGGAAUUGAUUCAGCAUCUUGUUAUGCUCGAUGGAAGAAUGACGUCGAUGGAGAAUAUACGAGCAGCCAUCUUCUUUUUCUUUCUAAGUUGUUGUCCCCGGAUGUACGGAUUGUUUUAGAUCAAAGAAGUGUAUGUGGUUAUCUGUUAGACUCAUUUAUUGAACAUCCUAUUUUCUUCAUGUCUGUUACAGUUCUUUGUGUUGCAAUAGCUUAUUGUUAUUUCUCACCCUCAUUAUCACUGACUUUCGGAAACUGGAAGUGAUCCGAAACACAUGAUAACAGUUUAUCCGUGGACUGGUGCAAAUUGGUGGAUGGCGCGAAUGUGCUCAAGUUGCACAACAUAAUUCAAGGUCUCUAUUCCCUUUUUACGCAUUUGACCAAUGUAAUGUUUAAAUAUAUUUUGUUUUUUAGAAUUUGUGACAAAAUACUGUUGUAGCCUUUAAUUUAUU